AUGGAUAUCGACAAGCUGUUCAAGGUGCCCAAGCUACCCGCUAGUAGCAACAAGCGACGCCUGCCUGACAAUCCUACGCCUGAGAUGCUCAAGCGGAUGAGGAUAGACGAAGAGGGUAGUUCGAUUUCCACGGUGUCCCCUCCAAAUGGUACAGCAUCCCGCGACAAAGGGAAGAACGCGGCUACGGUGGAAGAGGAGGAAGGGGAGGAUCGCAUGGACUUCGCGCCUGGCGGGGAUGCAGAUUAUUUCGCGGAGGAGGAUGAUGAGGGACGGUUUUUUGGCGGCGGCUUGACGAAUGAGCAGAAGGACAUCCUCAACAUAUUUGACCAGGCCGGCGGAGAUGACGUGAGAGAAGACUUGGAUGAGAUGACGAUCACCGGGGUGCGGAGGUUAUUGACGCGUUUCGAGCGCGCUGCAAACAAGAACCAGGACCAUCGGUCGAAGUAUCCGGACGACCCUACCAAAUUCAUUGACUCCGAAGCCGACCUGGACCUCGCUAUCAAGGCAUUGCUCCCCCUCGCGCAGUCACCGGUGCUCGCGUACCCAGAGAUUGUUCGCUCCGGCGCCAUCGAACGUCUCAUUGGUUUGCUGAGUCACGAGAACGUCGAUAUCGUCAUUGACGUAGUGGAAGUGAUACAUGAGUUUACGGACGAGGAUGUUGGGAAUGAGCAAGAUGACGAGGAAGAAGAGGAGGGCAGUCGCGAAGAUGCGCUCAAGCAAUUAAUUGAGAGUCUUCUCGCCAACUCCAUCCUCGAGCUCCUUGUUGACAAUUUGAGCCGUUUCAACGAGGCUGAGGAAUCCGACAGACAAGGCAUCUUUCAUGUCCUCGGGAUCUUCGAGAACAUUCUAGGAUUCAAUCCUGAGCUAUCGACUCAGCUUGUCUCAAAAACAAAGAUUCUAUCAUGGGUGAUGACAAGGAUAGAGUCGUCAAGGCACGACGAAAACCGGGGCUACGCUGCGGAAAUCUUGUCCAUCUUACUUCAGAACAACCGACCAAAUAGGCUAGAGUUGGGAAAGCUGAAUGGCGUCGAGUCCAUCCUCAAGAUCCUUUCCCGCUACCGCAAGAAGGAUCCCGUGGAUGCAGACGAAACAGAAUUCAUGGAGAAUGUCUUCGACUGUCUCUGCUCUGCGCUCGGAGAAGCUGAGAUAAAGCAACAGUUCCUGGACAACGAAGGUGUUGACCUUAUGGUCCUCAUGUUGAAGGACAAGAUGCAAGCCCGCUCGCGGGCCAUCAAGGUUCUCGACUACGCUAUGUCUGGUCCUGCUGGCACCGCUGCCUGCGAGACUUUCGUCGACGCUCUUGGUCUGAAGACACUCUUCUCAUUUUUCAUGGGCAAGGCAAACAAGAAGCAAAAAGCGAACGCCGGACAUGCUGCGUCGGAGGACACUGCGCACACGCUCGGCAUCGUGUCCUCCCUGCUGUCGAACCUCGCUUGGGACUCACCUGCGCGCAUACGUCUAUUGGUCAAGUUCGUCGAGAACAGUUAUGAGAAGCCCGAGAAGCUGCUCGAGAUCCGAGACUCCGCGCAGGCACGGCUCAAUGCCACUGACAAGGAGAUCGCAGACGAGAAAAAGCGAAUGGAGGAGGAUGGCGAAGAAGUCAAAGAGAUGGAGGAUCUGUUCUAUCUCCGACGACUAGAUGGCGGCCUCUUCACAUUGCAGACGGUCGACUACAUUCUCGCGUGGAUCGUCAUGGAAGACGACGGGGUUCGGGAACAUGUACGGAAGCUCCUCGACCGCAAAAAUCAGUCUCUCAAGGACAUCGUGAAAACGCUUCAGAUCUACCACGACAAUGUCGACGAGGACGAUACGACCAACACAGGCGACGCGCCAUCUCAGCGCGAAAUUUUGCGCAACCUCAUCGUCUUCCUGGAUGCCUGCUGA